UUGACUGUGAUGUGCUGCGUUACAACGUGUGAGAUGGCACCCCACCAGAGUCACUCCAGGGUAGGGAAUGUAGCGAGUAUCAAAAGUUGUUCGAUUUGUUUGCUGGUAGCGUUCUUGCUAUCCAAUGGACCCUUGGUGGCCUGUUGGAAUCAAGGGAACGAUGGUUACCUUGGCAGACACUCCGCUGGCUACGGUGGCUAUCAAAGUGAAGAACAGCAAAGAGUCUCAGUGCAUGGUGGUAACAGUGGUGGGUUUGAGCGAGGAUCACAACUAGGGGCACCGUUUCAAGGGCAAACGGCUGGAGGAGCAGUUACGGACCUACAGCGUCAUCAGUGGUCGAACGGAGCAACGGGUUCUGGUUUUGCUACUCCCGGUAUCGUUGGUGGAGACACUCAGCAGCAGCAGUUAAAUGGAUUUAACGGUGCAGGCGAUUAUAAUCGCGGUUUUGGCGUACCUGCGCACGGAGGAUCUUAUCAGGGAGUGAACCAUUUAGGACACGCGGCUAGUGGAGCAACGGCGCCGGGUGCUACAAGCGGCCAUUCAGCUGUACCAGGACAACACACGACGGCAGGCGAUUCUCAUCUAGCAGGAUCAUACGCAGGAGCAACGGCUGGUGCUGGGUCAGCGGGAUUUAACAACCGGGCUACAGCGCCUGUUUAUCCUGGUGGUGCUGUUGGUGGAUACGCUGGAAGACCCGUAACUGUCUUUCCGCAUCCCUGGAAGUUUGGCCCACCAUCAACCGUUGGCGGUGGUUUCGGACGGCCUAGUUUCCCUUGGUAUGGACCGACCGGAUACCUUUACCGUCCACCUGUCGCGCACCUCAACCCAGAUGGUAGUUACAGCUUCUCCUACAAUACACCACACUCUAACCGUGACGAGACCGGUGAUGGUAGCGGAAACGUAGCCGGCACUUACGGCUUCCAGAACGACGGUGCUAAGCAUAACUUUUCAUUCAACGCCGGACCGGAUGUGGAUUUGCGAACCAAUUUUGUUCAAAGUGGAGGUGCAGAUGGCCGAAGAACCGGGAUUGAUAAUCCGAUUAAUUAUGAUCCACAAUCGGUCAACAAUCGUGGAGUGCUCCCUCUGGCACCGGGAGGGGGCUUUGUUGCUCCAGCGAGUCCCGGUGGUGGUAGUCCAUUGGCAACCAAUGGCUUUUCCGAUGCGGGGGCCCCCGAUGGGCUCGGUUCGGGAGAUGGUUCUGACCAAAGCAGUCUAUCGGUAAUCGGUUUACCAACGCCAAGUGGAAGUGAUUCUAGUGACGUUACACCAAACCUGGUGCAAACUAGAGCCACCGAGGCAAAUCUAGCUAGGGAUGAAACAACAACAAACCAACCGGCUGUUGAUACGGCACGUAACACGAUCAUCGAUCGUACUGCGGGGCAACAGGGUGCGGUUGACAGAACACUGCCGAACAAUCAGCCCGAUGGUUCAAGAGUACCGGGAACCGCACAGUACGGAGCAAACGCUAAUCGAAAUGGACCAGCAAGCGAUUUCGCCACGAACUUUGGCGCUGGAAAUGGUGGCUUUGAACCUCCCAACAAUCCUGCAGGUGUUUCCUCUUUUACGACUCCAACGCCAGUGUCCGCCUUGGGCGGGGAGCAAGCUGUCGGUCGUCCUGAGAACGAUCCAUCGUACAAUUUUAAUCUCCAAGGCGCACAGGGUCAAGGAGUACCGUUUGGAAACGAUGGAGCCGGUUGGAAUGGUUUACCAAACGGUGCUGGUGCAGGGCUAGGAUUGCGUCGUCCUGAUGGAAGCUUCGGUGCUGGCGGGGAAGGCGGUGCAUAUCCCGGAUUCACACCAAACUCAGCCUCAGGUUUUGGAACAGGGAGCUACGGUCAACCACAGGCAGGAGCUUUCUCACCCACGGGAGAUUUAAAUUCCAACAAUUUCCAGUACAAUCCAAGUGCUAUCGGGCAAGGGUUCCCAGUGGCCACUGCCGGUGGUGUGCCAGCGUCGGGGGGAUUCGAAGGAUUUAACUCAAACGGUGGUGGUGCAAAUAGUUUCGUUGGAGAGGUAACCAAUCGGGCAGGUGGUGCUGCGGCUGGUGCAGGCGGUAGAAUGUACCAAUUCGGAUACAGUACGCCCGAUUCCGUGCGCCAAGAGUCGGCGGAUGCUCGAGGCAACGUAAGGGGUUCGUUUGCGUACAACAACGCAGCCGGACGUCACGAUUUACAGUACGUCGCCGGUUCUGGUACCGGGUUCCGUCCAACUGGCGGUAGUCUCUCCAUACCAAAUGGACUUUCGGGUGGGGCCAACGCAGGCACACAGUUUAGGGAUGGUUCUACCUUCGGAAACACUGCCACACAGCCCGGACUAACGGCCAACGAUGGACGUCAGUUUGGAUUUGAUGGCCGGCUAUCGCCUACAAACCAAGGCCAGUCAAGCAACUUUGGUGCAACAAGACAUGCUGCUGUCACCCGCAGUCCUCAGACCGACCGUGUUCCGGAUGCACCUUAUCCGGUGCCAGAUGCUAACGCCUUCAACGGGUCCGGAGAUGGUGCUUCGUAUGAAGAGGGCUCGGGGCAAUUCGGUUCAGGUGACCAUAUUGAACAAGCGACAGUAUCUAACCUGUCCAACUUCGCUCAGUAACCUUCGUUCUAAAGUUU